AAUGCAGGUCCUACAAACCUGUGGACUGCUGCUGCUGUGUCGAUCGAGGAAUAACGCACAUCUUAUCAGAUAUCUGAUAGUUCGUGUCAGCGUGCUUUAGAUUAGAUUAAAAUAGUGGAGCUGUGGUCUGCCGGGCGAUGAAAACCAAAGAUACACGGAAAAGGAAAGGAUCCGGGAUUUUGAGACUUGACCUCGAGAAGCCAUUAAAAUCUUGAGAUAUGAAACUUCACACGAACAUGACUCGACGGUAGCUGGGUUUGUUUAGUCGCUGCUGCUCAAGUUAACUAAAGAAUGAAAGCCGAUGGGUCCCCACAGGCCUUGAUAUGGAAGCUCUGGACAGGAGGAGCCGUUUAAUGCAGUCGGUGAACUCAUGUCUGAGUAGAUGUUCAGUACAUGUCCGGAUGUGCACAACCGACCUGCUUCUCUUUGUCCGGCCCCUGCAGAUGUGUCGCUGUCUCUGCCUGCUCAGCCUGAGCCUCCCGUUGCUUCUCUGGUUCGCGAUCACCCGGGACGAUGUGUCUCCUGCCGCCUUGAGCUCCGGACUCCGGGGCUACCGGAGGAUCAGCCCCGGCAGGAUGGAGCAGUUCCUGGACAAGCACUGCAACCAGUGUGCCUUGAUCUCCAGCUCGGGUCAGAUGCUCGGAGCUGGUGCCGGAGAGGAGAUCGAUAGAAUCGGAUGCGUGAUCCGGAUGAACAACGCUCCCACACGCGGGUUCGAGGAAGACGUUGGGAGUCGCACCAGUGUCCGGGUCGUGUCUCACACCAGCGUUCCCCUGCUGGUCAAAAACGAGCGCUAUUAUUUCCAGGAGUCUGCAGACACCGUUUACAUCUUCUGGGGUCCUGAGAGGAACAUGAGGCAAGACGGGAAGGGACGCAUCUAUAACGUCCUCCUGAAAAUGGCCACAAAGUAUCCGAACGCCAGAAUAUACGCUGUGACCAGAGACAAGGUUCAGUACUGCGACAGCGUGUUUCAGAAUGAAACUGGAAAAAACAGAAUGAAAACGGGGGCGUUUCUCAGCACUGGGUUCUUCACAAUGAUUCUGGCUUUAGAAAUGUGCGACACCAUCCAUGUUUACGGGAUGAUCGACGACAACUACUGCAGUCGAGCCAACCACAGCAUUGUUCCUUACCAUUACUACGAGCAAAACCGAAUCGACGAGUGCAGGAUGUACAAGGUCCAUGAGCACACGAAGCGUGGCGGCCAUCGCUUCAUCACUGAGAAGGCCAUCUAUGCCAGAUGGGUGACACGCCACAAGAUAGACUUUAAACAUCCCUCUUGGAGCCUCUGAACAAAGAGAUCCUAAAUCCAAGAAGAUGUUCCCUGACUGCACUGUGGUAUUUAUUUCUCUGCUGGUUUUUAUUUGCUAAAGUACUUAGUGUUGCCUCAGCAGGAACUUUAUCAGCUACUGUUCGACUUCUUUUUUUAACCAACUCAGCACUUUUUCCAGAAGAAAAGAGCCACAGUGAUGCUUACUCGUUAUAUUAUCUGCAGCCAUAGAUGUAAAAUAAUACAUUUUGUCUCUGUGCUUAAGAUUUACCAGCAUUUAACUGGUGUGGUAAAGAACAUUUAGACACAUGGCUAGACACUACAACCAGUUUACACCAAAGCUUACCAUUUUGAAUUUCUUUCUUCUUUGUGCCUUGACUUUGGUCUUAUUCUGCACAGUAAUUCAUUUUAUGCUGCAAUAUGGCAUGUGUAAUCAUAGCUGCAAGACACCUUUACUCUAGGAGGCAGGGAGUCGAUGUAGGGCUGCAGGUAACAUUUCAUCAUUUUAUUAUUCGUUAAUCUGGCACCGACUCUCUCACGGAGUCGAUUACAAAUACUAAGAAAAUGUGAAGGCAUUCAGUUUAUAGUCAUAGAAAUCUAAGAAAAUGGCAAAAGCCAGAUAAGUUCUGGCAUUUUAGCUUAAAAGCUGAUUGAAACAUCCAACCAGUCACCAGAAAAUUAGCUUUUAAUUUAAUUAUUUCAGCUGAAGUGUCGUUAUUUUCAUCUCUUUUGGUCAGUAUUUGCUUCAAAACAUGACAUUUCCUCCAAUGAAUGUUAAGCAUUGGAGCAGAUUCAGGUUGAAAGCUUCAGUAAACCAGCCAAGUAUUGUUUUUCUCACCACACUAACAACAAAGUGUGAUAUUGACACUUUGCUGCAUUACUUGUCCUUAUUGCAACCAGUCACACAGUGUAAAAAUGUUUGAAGUGGUAGCGUAGUAGCCUUUCAUUUAAACACACUGUAUGCGCAUGCUAAUGUGAACAAAGCUCAGAUGUUUCCAUAGAUGUUUCACAAGGGACACACCGGCCGACAUUAAAAUGUCCCUGCAGACUACAACAUUUUCAGUGCAACUGGCACCAGCCUGCAGCUUCAACACUGAUCAAUAGUAAAAUCACAGACGAUAAAACAGUACCGAUUGUAAAAUAAUCCCGACAGAUCAGCAGGUCUGUGUGGUUAGUGUGUAUACAGUGCUGGAGACCCACAACAUUUCUUGGAAGGUCUCUGUUCAUUCAAUUCAGACAAUCGGCUGGAGCCUCCUUUCCAGCAAUGUAGGAUAAACUUUCCCAUGGAGGCUGAGCAGUAAUGAAACCCCGUUAACAUGACCGUGAACAGACAUCUCAGUGUAAAUCUAAAAUUAUUCCCAAAGUUGUCUCCAGAUGUCCUCUUUAAAAAAAAGUGUUUUAGAUUUUGCUGCCUUUUUACACUCAGAAGCGUGGCACUGCAUUUUCAGUUGCUUCUUGUGAGAGGAAUUCCAAAGACUGUAACAGUAUUUGCACUACUGAGCAAGUAUUUUACUAUAAUGUACAUCGAAAAGAUGAUUUGUUUGAAUUAAAAGUGUAUUCUUGAUGUUUUAGUAACCAUACUGUAUGUCAUGAAAUCUGCAACGUUAAAACUUGAAUAUAAAUGUGAACACUGCUCACUGCUGGGGUGAGAUACGUGUCAACAUGAAUAAAUCUGCUCCCUCAUCUAUUUA